CGGCUUUCUUGCUCAUUCAGUUGCAGAGCAUUGUAGCGUUUAUAUCACGAUGUCUGGAAGAGGAAAGACCGGAGGCAAGACCCGUGCCAAGGCUAAGACUCGCUCUUCUCGAGCUGGUUUGCAGUUCCCCGUCGGCCGUGUUCACAGGCUCCUGAGGAAAGGCAACUAUGCCGAGCGAGUGGGCGCGGGUGCUCCUGUUUAUUUGGCCGCUGUGCUCGAGUAUCUGACCGCCGAAAUUCUCGAAUUAGCUGGCAAUGCUGCUCGCGACAACAAGAAGACUAGAAUUAUUCCUCGUCACUUGCAACUGGCUGUCCGUAACGAUGAGGAGCUCAAUAAGUUGCUGGGUGGGGUGACCAUUGCUCAGGGUGGCGUGUUGCCCAACAUUCAGGCUGUGCUUCUGCCCAAGAAGACCGAGAAACCAGCGAAGGGCAAGUAAGCCGUGAAAAUUUUUCUCGACACCAACGGCUCUUUUAAGAGCCACCA